CAACGGGUAUCUGUAAUCUUAACGUGGGGAGAUAAAUGAGUAUUUAAUAUCAUGGAGCUCGUAAUAUAAUUGAGAUAAGGACGGGAGUACAAUUAUAAUUCUGUAGUGGGGUGAAUUAUAAUUAGUGAAAUAAGAAAUAGAAUCCUGGUGGGAUUAAGUUUUCUUAUUUUCACUGGGAGCCCAGACUUAUUACUCCUUAGGUCCCUAUCGUAGCCCUAUAUAUACACGUUAUGCUCUUUAGGUCAGGAUGAAUGUUUUUCUAUUAUUCAGUAAAUAGAGGCAGGCUUAGAGAGAGCAAAUAGAUCACGAAAGAGUCCACACUUGGUUCGUGUUCUAGACGUGCAGGGAAUACGAUAGAAGAUCGUAAGGUACGGUCGAGCAGUAUUCGUGGUUUAUAGCAAGACGUGCUAUAACAAGUUCAACCAGCGUUCGUGUCGCAGGGAGUUGAGAUUCAAAAAUGGGCUCUUUCAAUCCACUUGCCAUUAUUCUCAAAGAAAAUAAACUUACUGGACCAAACUAUGUUGACUGGAAAAGAAACUUGAAUAUUGUGUUAACUACUGAGGGCCACAAAUAUGUGCUUACUACGGCGUGCCCUCUUAUACCUGAAGAAAAUGCCACAGAACAGGAAGCAAAGCCUUAUAAAGAUUGGGUUAAGGCUGAUGAGAUGGCGCGGUGUUAUAUUUUGGCUUCUAUGUCGAAUAUAUUGCAACAUCAGCAUCAAGCUAUGGAAACUGCUUCUGAUAUGAUGCUGAACCUCAAAGAAAUGUUUGGGGAUCAGAAUCGGGCAGCAAGGCUAGUUGCUAUGAAAGAAUUGGUGAGCAUCACCCAUGUUGAAGGGACCCCGGUUAGGGAUCAUGUUCUAAAGAUGAUAGCUCUUCUUAAUGAACUAGAGAUCCUUGGAGCUGAAAUUGAUGGGGAAACCCAGAUCGAUUUCGUUCUCAACUCACUGCAGUCUGAGAGUUUUAAGCAGUUUCGCCUGACUUAUUCGAUGAACAAAAUGCAUUUAUCUUUGGCGGAACUUCUUAAGGAACUCCAAGCAGCUGAGGGUUUUUUGGUUGCGAAGAAACCACCAUCAGUGCUAGUGGCUGAGAAGGCUUCUACUUCUAAGCCGAAAGGCAAGAAGAAGCAGAAUAAGUCUUAGAAAAAGGUUGUGGAGGCAGUUCAUGCGCCUCAAGGUGGAGUGAAAAAGCCUACGGGCAAGUGUUUUCACUGCAAGCAGAAAGGACACUGGAAGAAGGAAUGUCCGGUUUUUCUCAAUAAAGUGAACAAACAAGGUAAAUCUUUUUCACUAGUUGUUGAAUCAUGUUUAGCGGUGUUAUCUACCAGUACCUGGUGUGUAGAUACGGGAGCCACUAAUCAUGUUUGCAAUUCAUUGCAGGGGUUCCAGGAAACCAGAAGACUCAGUGAUGGGGAGAUUUAUCUACAUAUGGGAAAUGCUACGAGAGUGGCAGCAGUUGC